AUGCCAGCAGAGCUGAGCACCGGCAGCCGCGGCCCUGAAGGGUCUCCAGGGGGCAGCUACAAAAAGAAGGAGGGGGAAUGGUCCACUUCCCAGGGCCGCAUCAGGGAGCUGGAGGUGCUCUUCCAUCGGAGCGAGGCGGAGCUCACGGCCACUCUGAGCGAGAAGCAGAGCCUGGAGGCCGAGGUGGCUGAUGCCCGGGCCCAGCUGGCAAAGGUUCAACGCGAAAUUGAGCUGCACAGCCGGCUUCACCACAGGAACAUUGUGGGGUUCCGCCGACAUUUCGCAGACCAGGAGAACAUCUACCUGGUGCUGGAAUACUGCAGUAGGAAGGUGAGCACAGCGGAGGAGCGGAUGAGGGACCUGGAGGAGCUGAUGGCCGGAGAGCAGGAGAAGCUGCGGAAGCUGCUGGACGCCAAAGAGCGGGAGAUGACGGACAUGCGGGAGCAGAUGCAGCAGCAGCUGAUGGAGUACCAGGAGCUCCUGGACGUCAAGCUGGCCCUGGACAUGGAGAUCAGCGCGUACCGGAAGCUGCUGGAGGGGGAAGAGGAGAGGCUCAAGCUGUCCCCCAGCCCUCCGUCCCGCCUCACCGUCUCCCGGGCCGCCUCCUCCUCCAGCAUCUCGGGCACUCGGUCUUUGCGGAGCAAGAGGAAGCGGGCAGAGGCCGAGGAGCUGCCAGGGCAGACGCCCAGUGGGAGCGCCCGCGGGGGGGCAAGCACUGGCAGCAACCUCCAGGUCAGCCAGCAGGCCUCGGCCAAGGGCAGCAUCAGCAUCGAGGGGGUGGACCCCGAGGGGAUGUUUGUCCAGCUGAAGAACCAUUCUGACAAGGACCAGUCCCUCGGGAGCUGGAAGCUGAAGAGGAAGAUUGGGGAGGGAGGGGAGAUAGCCUACAAGUUUACUCCCAAGUAUGUCCUCCGGGCCGGGCAGACGGUGACGAUCUGGGCCGCUGAGGCUGGGGUGGCACACAGCCCCCCCUCGGUGCUGGUCUGGAAGAACCAGGGCAGCUGGGGCACCGGGGACCAGAUCCACACGUGCCUGGUGAACUCCGAGGGGGAGGCCCCGAAGGAGGAAGCCAAAGAGGGGAGCAGGGACCCCAUGGAGGACCCCAGCUGCCUCUCCCCACUCUUGCUCCAAAGAGGCUCCCUGCGCAGUCGGCUGCCUGAAGUGGAAGAGCUGCCCGAAGGCCUGCGCGGUGCCCAUCCUGCCCACAUGGCCACCAAGUGGGUGGACUACUCCAACAAGUACGGGUUUGGCUACCUGCUCUCCAAUGGCUCGACUGCGGUGCUGCUCCCCGAUGGGACCCACAUGGCCCUUUGCCCCCAGCGCCAGUGA